CGCAGCGGGGGGGAGGGGGCGGACUCUGGGCCUUUCUUCCCCUUCUGGUUUUUCCCCCCCCUUUUCUCCCCUUUCCGGGUUUGGUUUCUCCCCUUUUCUCCCCCUUCUUCCCCUCCCCCCUUUUCCCCCAGCCCCUUCCCCCUCCCCCCCUCCCCGGCCCGGCCUGGCCCGGCCCCCUCCCCCUGCCCCGGGCCCCGGGGGAAACCCCGCUAAGAAGAACCCGCCCCCGGGAGCGCGCCGCCCGGACGGGCCGGAGCCGGAGCCCGGUGUCUAUAGACGCUGCUAUAUUCUGUUGAAGAUGUCUAACAGUAACACUACUCAAGAGACCCUGGAAAUAAUGAAAGAAUCAGAAAAAAAGCUGGUGGAAGAGUCUGUAAGCAAGAAUAAGUUUGUAUCCAAGUCACCAAGUAAGGAAGAGAUUGAGAAGGAGGGUGAGGAUACUAGUGUUCGGCAGGAGACACAGAGACGGGCUUCCAACCAUGGGCAUGCCAGAAAAAGAGCCAAGUCUAAUUCUAAACUGAAACUGGUGCGGAGCCUGGCAGUGUGUGAGGAGUCCUCUGCCCCUUUUGUUGAUGGGCCACUGGAAACCCAAGAUAUAAUUCAACUGCAUAUCAGUUGCCCUUCUGACAAAGAGGAAGAGAAGUCCAUGAAAGAUGGCUCUGAAAAGGAAGACAAAGAUAAAAACAAAGAAAAGGUCCCAAGAAAAAUGCUGUCUAGAGACUCCAGUCAAGAAUAUACAGACUCCACUGGAAUAGACCUACAUGAAUUUCUAGUAAAUACACUGAAAAAAAACCCAAGGGACAGAAUGAUGCUGCUAAAGUUAGAACAAGAGAUUCUGGAAUUCAUUAAUGACAACAAUAACCAGUUCAAGAAAUUUCCUCAGAUGACCUCAUAUCACCGGAUGCUAUUACACCGGGUUGCUGCCUAUUUUGGAAUGGACCACAAUGUUGACCAAACUGGAAAAGCUGUCAUCAUCAACAAAACCAGUAACACAAGGAUCCCUGAACAGAGGUUCUCAGAGCAUAUCAAAGAUGAGAAGAAUGUAGAAUUUCAACAGAGGUUCAUCCUGAAGAGAGAUGACACCAGCAUGGACCGGGAUGAUAACCAGACUGGCCAGAACGGAUAUCUAAAUGACAUCAGGGGGAACCGUGAGGGGCUGAGCCGUACCUCGAGCAGCCGCCAGAGCAGCACAGACAGCGAGAUCAAAUCCCUGGAGCCCCGACCCUGGAGCAGCACAGACUCAGAUGGCUCUGUCCGUAGUAUGCGGCCACCUGUUACCAAAGCCAGCAGCUUCAGUGGGAUCUCCAUUCUCACCCGGGGUGACAGCAUUGGGAGCAAUAAAGGAGGCAGUGCAGGAAGAAUCUCCAGGCCAGGUUUAGCACUAGGUGCCCCAGAAGUGUGCAACCAGGUCACCUCAUCCCAGCCUGUCCGGGGCCUUCUCCCUUGCACUGCCCAACAGCAGCAGCAGCAGCAUCCAGCUCUCCCACCCACACCCCAGCAACAGCCACCCUUGAGUAAUCACAUGAUCUCACAGCCAGUCUCAGCUCUGCAGCCCUCUCCGCAGCCUGUUCAAUACUCUCCAAGCUCCUGUCCCCAAGUCCUUCUGCCAGUCUCUCCGCCCCAGCAGUACAAUAUGACGGAUGAUCUCAGCAACCCCUUUGGGCAGAUGAGCCUUAGCCGACAAGGUUCUGCCGAAGCAGCUGAUCCAUCUUCAGCCCUGUUCCAGCCCCCGCUUCUCUCCCAACACCCUCAACAGCCUGGCUUCAUCAUGGCCUCAACAGGCCAGCCUCUCCCCACCUCCAACCAUGCACCCCCGGCCCAGCAAGUCCUACAGCCUCAGGGCUACAUACAGCCCCCGCAACAGAUACAGGUUUCUUACUACCCUCCUGGGCAGUAUCCCAACUCCAACCAGCAAUACCGACCUCUUUCUCACCCGGUGGCCUACAGCCCCCAACGUGGUCAACAGCUGCCUCAGCCAUCUCAGCAGCCUGGGUUACAGCCCAUAAUGUCCAACCAGCAGCAGGCAGCUUACCAGGGCUUGAUGGGUAUCCAGCAGCCGCAGAAUCAAGGCCUUCUCAGCAACCAGAGGAGCAGUAUGGGGGGCCAGAUGCAAGGCCUAGUGGUCCAGUAUACUCCGCUACCUUCAUACCAAGUUCCAGUGGGAAAUGAGUCCCAGAAUGUGGUCCAGCAGCCCUUUCAGCAACCUGUGCUGGUCCCUGCUAGCCAGUCAGUACAGGGGGGCUUACCAGCAGGGAGCAUGCCUGUGUACUACAGUGUGAUCCCACCAGCACAGCAGAAUGGCACAAGCCCUUCGGUAGGGUUUCUACAGCCCCCUGGCUCUGAGCAGUACCAGAUGCCUCAGUCUCCUUCCCCAUGCAGCCCACCACAGAUGCCACAACAGUACUCAGGAGUGUCCCCAUCUGGACCAGGUGUGGUAGUCAUGCAGCUGAAUGUCCCCAGUGUUCCUAAUGGUUCCCAGGCCCCACAGACCCCAUCUAUGGUCCAGUGGAGUCACUGUAAAUACUACAGCAUGGACCAGCGGGGUCAGAAGCCCGGAGACCUGUACAACCCUGAGAGCAGCCCCCAGGCCAACACACAGAUGAAUAGCCCUAUCACAUCUCCCACUCAGUCUCCAACCCCAUCUCCCGUCACCAGCCUCAGCAGCGUCUGCACAGGACUCAGCCCUCUUCCUGUCCUUACGCAGUUCCCCCGACCUGUUGGCCCUGCCCAGGGCGAUGGGCGAUAUUCCCUCCUAGGCCAGCCAUUACAGUACAAUCUGUCCAUCUGUCCUCCCCUGCUCCAUGGCCAGUCGACUUAUACAGCACACCAGGGACAGACUGGAAUGAAGCAUGGAAACCGGGGGAAGAGGCAGGCACUCAAAUCUGCCUCCACCGACCUAGGGACUGCAGAUGUUGUCCUGGGGCGGGUGUUGGAGGUGACAGAUCUCCCUGAGGGCAUCACCCGCACAGAGGCCGACAAACUCUUCACGCAGCUCGCCAUGUCCGGCGCCAAGAUCCAGUGGCUCAAGGACGCUCAGGGGCUGCCAGGCGGCGGGGGCGGGGGCAGUGGGGGGGGUGGGGGGGACAACAACGGGACUGCCGAGAAUGGCCGGCACACAGACCUCGCUGCCUUAUACACCAUCGUGGCUGUGUUCCCCAGCCCCCUGGCGGCCCAGAAUGCCUCCCUCCGCCUCAACAACUCCGUGAGUCGCUUCAAACUUCGAGUGGCCAAAAAGAACUAUGACCUGAGGAUCCUGGAGCGGGCCAGCUCCCAGUAGGCAGAGGAGGGGAAGAGGCCAGCACCACGGGUUGGGGCAGGGUGGCAUGGGCAAGGGUUGCAGAAAAAGCACAGAUAGAGAUGCUGAUCCAGAUAGACAUGAGACAUGCAUGGAGCUAGGGAGACAAGACAUAGAAAUGGAGACUGAGACCAUCGAGACAGUGAGACAGACAGACAGACCACACACACACACACACACACACACACACACAAACACGACUCAGUCUGGGGUUUUCUUUGCCACCUUUUCCCUCUGUUUCUCUGGGUGGCUCCUCUCCUCUCUGUCUCCCUCUCCCUCCAGUCCUCUCUUCCUUUUUUGGACAUCCCUUUUCCCCCAUCCUGGCCCCCAAUGCAUUUCUUUCAUUUUUGGGGGGUGGUAUGGAGGGGUCCUACACUCCCCCAUUCCUCCCCUUCUCCUGCCACCCCAUCUCCUCUUCCUCUUUUUGGUCUUUAUGAAUAUAUUUAUAUGGACAGAAUUAAGAAGAAAAAAAUAAAUUGAUUUUCCCCCUCCUUUCACUUCACCCCCAAUCUGUCUCCCCUAUCCCAUGAAUUAAACCUGUGCCUACCCCUCCUCUAUCCACCCCAGCCCCCCAGAACACUUGUAUAUUGUUUGAGGUUCGUGCCGCAGUAACAGACACAGUAUUUAAUUGCACAUACAGAUGUUUGCUGGGUAUGUUCACUGUAAAUUUUAUUUAAUCUGGGUUUUUUUGUUUGUUUUGGGGGGUUGUUUGGGGGGUUUUAUUUUAUUUUAUUUUUGUUUUGUUUUUAAAUAUAAAAAAAAAAUCAUCUGUCACUGGACGUCAGUCCUGGUUUCUCUGUUACUGCCCUUGGGAGGGGGUUGCAGGGAAGGAUUUGGGAUAGAGUGGAGUGGAGCUGCCUUCCAAAUGGAUGUCAUCCUGCCACCCUCUUUCAUUCUCCCCUCAAUCCUCCACCUGUUCCGUAGGUGGCUGAACCUUCAGCUUCAGGGCCCUGAUGGGGCAGGUAUGAAGUGAGGGCAUUGGCCCAGCCCUUGUCUUCCAUUUUUCUCCCUGAAGUCUUUUUUAGUUCUGUGCUGGCAGGUAAUAGGGGGAGUAAGUGUCCCCUGCAAUAAAAGCUGCAUUUGCAGAACCUGCAGUAUUUUGACUUCCUCAGUCAGCCAGGAUAGUCUCAGUAUCCCUUCUCUUACAUGCAGGAGAUAGAGUAAUCAUACCUAACAAAUUAGCUCUGUGUUAUAUCGUCAUGUAUAGCAGUAUGGCCCUUGUGCUUCUCAGUAAAUCUCACUGUCCUUAGGUUGCCCUAGGUUCUAAGAUAUAUCUAAGAUAGGUAAAAUGUCUUGAAGUAGAUCCACCUUCAAGUCCGGCCUACACAAAACCUCACUGCCCAGAAACUUAAUGCUGAUCUUGGACCCCACUGCACCCCAUGUAGGAGGGAACACAAAUGGGUUGAAGAGCCUGAGCAUAUGUUGAGUCAGUAAUUUCACUUGGUGCUGGGUAACCUCUCUAUUGGGGUUUUUUUCUGACCCUUCCUCCAGUCUAAUCCUGUUAGAGGGUCUUCAUACUUCUAUAUGUUGGAAUUGGUGAGGCAAUAUGUUGUCAUUAACAACUUGUUCUCUGCUGUGGUAGGAGUAUCUCCCCAUCAAGCUAUACCCUCACCCAAACUAAUAGAAGAAGGAUGGCCUGGUGCAGUGGAAAAAGCCCUGGACUUGAAGUCAGAGGCCCUGGGUUAGAAUCCCAGCUCUGCUAGCUCUGUUACUA